AUGUACGCCGGUGCCGCGUCGACCAGCGACGAGCUUCAGGCCACCCGCGAAGCGUCGAGGCGCCGGCUGCGCGUCCGCGCGAGCGCCGCCCGUGCGCAGCCGACGCCGCUGGCCGACGUGCUGCGGGAGCACGCGCUGGUGCACCUCACGCCGGCGGCCGCCGUGCGCCUCCGCCUCGUGCACCCGUCAUGGGCGCGCAGGAUCUCCUCCCCGCUCUUCGCCGUGGCGCACGCGGCCGCCCCGCGCCGGUUGUCGGGGCUCUUCGUCCCCUCGGCCGGGUUCCUCCCGUUCCACGGGCCGGGCGACGCCGUGCCGUCCCCGUCGCUCUCCUUCGCGCCGGCCUCAUCCGACGUCACGGUGCUCUCCUCGUCGCACGGGGUCGCGUGCUGCUUCUCCCCCGCGGACGACGCGCUCUUCGUGUGCAACCCGGCCACCGCGUCCUGGUCCGCCGUCCCGUCCCCGCCGUGCCGGACCUGGCCGCGCCCCGCCGUCGUCGUGCUCUUCGACGCGACCCCGUACAACUUCCGCGGCGACUACGGGCUGGUAUGCGCCGCCGAGUGCGCGCCGGGCACCGGCGCAUACUGCUUCCAGGUGUUCACGUCCGGGACGGGCUCGUGGCAGUUCGCCGACGCGGUGGCGCCCGCCGAAGGGCUCGUCGCCGCGUCGGGCGUGGCAGCCGGAGGGACGGCAUGGUGGCGGACGAGCGUCGGCACUGCCGUGGGGUACUGCCCGGAGACAGGUCGCGUGGAGGUGGUGCUCUGCCCAGGCGACAGCGCCAAGUGGGAGAUCGGGUCGGCCGGUGGCAAUCUCCACUGCGCGGUACGCGCUGGUGACGGCGUCGCCGUGUACCAGCUUGACGAGCACGGGUGCUGGGAGGUGGCAGCCGCGUGGGUGCCAGUCGAGGAGCUGCUGCCGCGUUCGCAGAUAAAGCCGGCGCAGCACGAGAACGCAGAGGGCGAAGCCGGCGGGGAGGAAUUGGUUGCACAGUCUCCUGUCAUCGUGGAGAAGGAAGUGCUGGAGCUGGACGACGCCGUGCAGCUUCUGGGGUUCCAGGGAACCGGGCUGGAGGUGGUGGUGCUUGCCGGGAGGCGGCUGGUGGCGUUCGACACGGAGACGCGGCGGCGGCGCGAGGUCAGGGUGCCGGUUCGAACGGAAGAGAAGCAGAAACAGUGGGACGGCGCCGAGUACGCCGUCCACACCAACACGCUUGCGCUGAUCGCGCCCGUCGUGCUCGCUGGCGAACCGGUGCUCGUGGAGUCGCCGGAUGAUGAGGUGGUAGCAUUUCCUUGAACGGAUUUCGUGGAGUAUAUGCUUUCACGUG